AGGCUCAACCGGUCCAAGAUGGCGGCGCCACCGCUCCUCAGCGCCCACGCGGGAUCGAAACUCUUUUGGGCCUCAGUGCUUGCCGUAGCUCAAGGCUCCGCCCAGAAGGGUUAAGAGGUUGUUGCGCGCGCUCACGGGUCUUCUUCCUCGUCGUGUUGGUGCUGCCGGUCGUUGGAACGGAACCUCCUAGUCGGGAUUAUAAUCAUGGCCGAGCUGCAGGAGCGGACCUUUAUCGCCAUCAAGCCUGACGGCGUGCAGCGGGGCAUCGUCGGAGAGAUCAUCAAGCGGUUUGAGAUGAAGGGCUUCAAGCUGGUGGGCAUGAAAAUGCUCCAUGCCUCUGAGGAGCUCCUGAUGAAGCACUACAUAGACCUGAAGGACCGACCCUUCUUUCCUGCUCUGGUCAACUACAUGAACUCUGGUCCAGUAGUCGCCAUGGUCUGGGAGGGGAAGGGGGUCGUAAAGACGGGCAGGGUCAUGCUCGGUGAGACCAACCCCGCUGAUUCCAAACCAGGAACCAUCAGAGGAGACUUCUGCAUCGAUGUCAGCAAGAACAUCAUCCACGGCAGCGACUCGGUGGAAAGUGCCAACAAGGAGAUUUCUCUGUGGUUCCAACCAGAUGAGCUGGUCAGCUACACGAGCUGUGCCUUCAGCUGGCUCUACUGAGCUGCUCUGGGUCCCACAGAAGGUUCCCCUUCCUCUCCGACCAGAGAACCUUGGCCUUAGACUCCCCUCUCCCCACGUAGCUUGGAGAACUUGUUCCUCAUCUGCUCAUCGUCUGAGGAUGUUCCUGGUUCCUCUGAUCCUGCUCAGUCAUUCCAUGCGGUUUCCAAACAAACAGUUUAAGACUUGAAACUGUUUUUGUUAACUUUCCAAUAAAUGCUCUUGAUACCUGA